AUAACAGAAAACCUUUGAUCGCUCCGGCGAAUCCGUUAAUCAUGUCAAUAGGAGCGAUGCAGGAGAUCGAAGAGACUGCUCCGUUGCUCGACGAUUCUCAACCCAACGGUGAAUCGAGAUCGCAAUCCGCGACGACGAAGGUGCCGGAGGUGGAGAUCCAUCUGUAUCGUUGCGGGAAAGGUCCGAUCGACGUGUUCAAAUCGAAUCUCGGAGGUUGGGAGCAGGAUCAGCUCGAGGUUCGAGCUAUCCUCGAGAAAUACGGAUUGAAAUCCAUCUUCGCUUACAACGUCGAGAAAGGCCGAGGCGUCCCGAUCCGAUUUCAAAGGAACGGCCGGUCUGUGCUGACGUACAGAGAUGGCGCCGUCGUUUACAUCGACGGCGAACCUCAGGAUUCUAUGAUCCAACCCAUCACAAGAAUCGUGCUCGGAGUAGUGAUUGCUACGCUGUUAAUAACGUUUCUAAUGAAGGACCCGCCAGCGUGGAUCAAGAACAACAUCUCCAUUGGGAACUUCCCUCCGUGGGUACUCGCGUGCAUAGUAAUAGUAUUCACCCGAGCGAGGAAGAGAACCAGAGACUUCUUCAGGAAGUAUGGGUGGUAGUUUCACAGAUCUUAAACACUCGUCUUGGCUUGAAAUGUGGUCGAUAUUGUAGUCUUCCAUCGACCAUAUAUAGAGAUGUUAUAUCUUGUCUCAACCCUACAAGUUCCCUUCCCUUGUUAACCACUCUUUGUUUCUUUGAUAAGGCGUCAUGCGCCAAUUUGCUUCCUUUCAGAACCAAGAGAGAGAGCAAUCAUUGUCUCCGUUUUGUAUCUUGUUGAACUUGAUAAUUUUCAUGUGUAUUAUGCGACGUGGAAACUGA